AGACUCCCACCCUCUCUCUCCUUGCGAGCUGUGCAUUCGCCAUGCCGACCCCGAGCUCUGUGAAAGAGCAGGCAUUGACCUUUCUGGAGCCUAGCCUUCCGAAAGAGCAGGAAGCCGUGUCGCAGGAAUGGCUGCUGGAGGUCUUGGACCGAAAGUUCCAGGAGCAGGAGGAGGCUUUGUCUGGAAUGCUUGAGCGGAAGUCUUUCGGCAGCUUCCGCUAUUCCGACUCCAAGCUCACCUUGCCCCGCGGUGGAAGCAACGAAAGGUGCGAGCUGAAGAGUAUCUUGGAAGAGCCUAAGUCAGGAGAGGAGGCGGCAGCAGCGCCGCCGAGGAAGCGCAGCACGAGGCUGGGGGUCACCGUGAUGUCGGAGAAGUUCCAACCCGACCCCCCACUCAAGUCCUUCGUGAAGGGCCCGCUGGAUGUCUGCAUGGGCCUGGUGGUUUUUGUGAACUUGGGCUUCAUGAUCAUGAUGACCCAAUGGCAGGGCGCCAGGGCGGACGCCAGCCUGGCAGAUCCUACGCUAGACACAUCCGCCUUCGGGCUGUUCUCCGAGCAGUUCUUCGAGACGGCGGAGCUCGUUUUCUUCUCCAUGUAUUUGCUGGACGUCUUGGUUCGCAUUGUGGUGCUGCGAAAAGAGUGGUACAUGGACCCCCGGGAGGGUCUCUGCUACUUGAACAUCUUCGACGCUUGCGUGGUGUGUGUGAACGCCUUCGAGCUCAUCCUUCUGCCGGUGAUCCUCAACAGCACACAAGACUCCCAGACCAACAGCAUCCGGCUGAUCAAGCUCAUGCGCAUCGUCCGAACCCUGCGUAUAGUCAAAACCGUGACUGCCUUUCGACAGCUGCGCCUGUUAGUGGGGACUUGCCUGGCCAGCAUAGGCGCGCUCUUCUGGUCCAUGGUACUUCUGAUGGUUCUCAAGGUGGGCUUUGCGCUGAUUAUAUGUCAAGCCCUGCAAAGCUAUAUACUUGACCCCGGCCAAGACCCCGACACCCGUGCCCUGGUGAACCAACUCUACGGCAGCUUCUUGAAGUCUCUCUACACCAUGUUUGAGCUGACCCACAGCGGAAGUUGGCCAGCUGUGGUGCGGCCAGUGGUGGAAAGAGUGAGUUCUUGGUACGCGGUUCUUUUCCUGAGCUACAUUACGCUGGUGGUCUUCGCCGUGAUACGAAUAGUCACCGCUCUAUUUUUGAAGGAGACGCUUGCCAGCGCUGCCAACGACGCAGAUUUGGUGAUGGAGGAAAACAAAAUUGCGGCCCUGCAGGCACAGAAGAAGCUUGAGGAGUUAUUCCACGCGGCAGAUGACGAUGGGGAUGGCAACCUGUCACCAGCGGAGUUCACCGAAGCGUUGAGCCUGCCGAGUGUGCAGAGCUUUCUGCAGCUGAUGGACGUCAGUAUCAGAGACUGCCGGCCCCUCUUUGACAUUUUGGAUGAUGGUGACGGGCAGAUCACAAUCUCCGAGUUCUGCCGGGGCUUGAUGCAGCUGAAGGGCCAGGCCAGGGCCUUGGACCUGGUGGUGCUGCAGCGGGAGAACGCCAAGCUGCUGCGCACCUGCAACGCCAUCGGCCGGCACUUGGCAGAGCUACGGGCGGACAUCGCAAAGCUCAGCUGAAGCGAUGCACCGGUGUAAGCCCCCGGCCCUUGGAUCGGCUAGUUUCGUGCUUUGCUUUAUUUUCUUCCUCCAGGAUGUCUUGCGGAGGCACCCACUCAGAUGUGAGGGGGGUCAGGGAGCUGAAUGCCUGCAUUUGCAGAAGGGGCUUGUAGGGAAUGCCAACGGCAGAUUUCAGAUAGCUCCUUGCAAGUAAGAGUCCGGUGGUGGAAAGCCGGGUGCAAUCCAACUCGCCCAAACUAGCACA